AUGUCGACCCAGUGCCCUAAUUGUUUGAAAUCGUUUGCAGGCGCCCUGGCUGUUACGCAACACCUCAGUCAACCUCUUACAUCCUGUCUACAACGGAUCGACAAGCUCCAGAGUGCAUCACAGAUUUUACUCGAGUCAGGCCAGCACACGACUAGUAGUAGUACUACCACCAGAAGACCAAGCCCUGUUCAUUAUGAUUUCUCAGGCCCAAUGGACUUUGAGGUGGAACCAGUGCUGGUGACACCACCUGAAGGGCAGGAUGACUCAGACUUCUAUGAGGGUGUUGCGGUGGACUUGGAGAAUAACCUAGGGUCUUAUAAAGAGUCUUGGGGCGAUCGAGUAUUGAAGAAGUCUUAUGUUGAGCACUUUGAAGGUGCGGCCAAGACAUAUCGGUGUGGCCAGACCUUUCAGGAUAGAUUUCACAUGGAUCCAUAUUCCCAUCAUCAUAGGGAUAAUCUGUACUAUCCAUUUGCAUCCCUUCAGGACUGGGAGCUCGGAAAGUUUCUCCUAUGCUUGUCCUUAAGUAUGGCAGCCAUAGAUCAAUUCCUGGGGCUGGAAUUGGUCAAAAUGUUACAUCUCUCCUUUUGCACAGCAAAGGAGCUACGUGGUUGUGCUGAGCUUCUGCCUUCUGUUCCGAAGUGGCAGUACCGCACCAUGUCAAUGACUCACCCAACAAAACAACUACUCUAUCUCUACUGGCAUGAUCCGCUGGAUUGUAUCGAAUCACUUUUUAGCCACCCGCUUUUUGCCAAGGAAAUUGAUCUUACACCUACACGUAUAUAUGACACGAUGGAACGUACUGUACGAAUGUACAGUGAAUGGAUGACUGGGGAUGCAGCAUGGUUGAUGCAGUCACAACUUCCAGAGGGUGUAACAUUGCUUGGUGUUAUACUUUCCUCCGACAUAACCAACAUCACAAACAUGACUGGUGGACGCGUUGCUCAUCCGCUCCUUGUAAGCCUUGCCAAUAUCAAGAUGGCGACUCGCAACAAAGCAUCCUCCCAUGCUUUCCUUCUCAUGGCACUACUUCCGAUCACUGAAUUUUUGCAUCUGGUGAAACGGUUGCAAAGUGUCCUUGAAGCCCACUUGAUUCACCAAUGCCUGGACGUCAUUCUUGAGCCGCUCAAGCAAGCUGCGUGUGUCGGGCGAAUGAUGUCAGACCCGGUGGGAAACCUUAGGUAUUGUUUUACGCCCUUAGCUUCGUAUAUAGUCGAUACACCUGAAGCAUGCAUGCUUGCAUGUGUUUGGGGACAGACCUCCCCCGUAACUAUGGCUACGUAUCUGGCAAGUAUUGAAUGUGAUCCCCAAGAUAUUGAAGCUUACUUUGCUGCAUGCGCCCCCUUCCGCCUCAGCGGUGUUGCCCGUCCAUUCUGGUGUGACUGGCCACUUGCAGAUCCACCUCACUUUCUAACUCCCAAGGCCCUGCACCACUGGUAUCGAGCUGUUGGCGCAGAGGAAUUGGACUUUCGCUUCUCCAUUUUACAGCCACUCACAACGUUCCAGCACUUCAAGGAUGGUAUUUCAAAUCUUAAGCAAGUCACUGGAAGAACACAGCGGGAUCUGCAGUGUUAUACUGUUGCCCUCAUUGCCGAUGCAGCUCCCCCUGGCAUUGUCAUUGCUAUUCAAGCACUCAUGGACUUUCAGUACUUAUCGCAAGCAGCAGUGAUGGAUGAACUGCAUUGCCAGAAGAUUCUUAACGCUCUCCAGGAAUUCCAUGACCACAAGCAAGACAUCAUUAGGUGUGGGGCGCGUAGAGGGGCCAAGAGCAAAAAUGUCCUCGAUAACUGGCAUAUCCACAAACUGGAGUUGAUGCAGAGCGUCGUGCCCAGUAUUCAUCAAGUCGGUUCCCUCUUGCAGUGGUCUGCCAAUACCACCGAGCAUGCUCACAUCACCUUGAUCAAGGAUCCUGCCGACUCUACCAACAACAACAAUGUCGAUGCUCAAAUAUGCCGGUUUCUCGAUUGUGUUGAAAAGUGUCGAAAUUUUCAGACUACGACAUCAAUCAUCAUUCAACUUUCUCAAUCUGCCAAUUCUCGGACAAUGGACAAUGGUUUGGAGUUGGACUAUGAAGGUGCAGAUGUUGAUGAGGCAGAUUCACAGGCUGCAGUUACCAAUGAUCUCUGGGGGCCAAAAUGUCCCGUCACCAAUUUCUUCAAGAAGGCAGCACAAGUCUCUUCGAACAUCAAAGCAACCAGACCUGUCUGCACGUUUGUUGCUGGUAGUACAGCAAUUCACCUCAAUUUUGAUCCUUCCCUACGGCGCAUAUUGGAAGGUCACAGUCACCCAUAUCAGAACUUUCACAAGCUGGAGGGGCAACACCAUACAGUACCUGAUGCAUCUCUGCCAUUUGAUGACCUUAUGGUCUGGUUCAAAGUACAGGUGCAGCAGGCAUCAUACUACAGCCAAUCACCCACUCUUCCUGCUCUCACCAUCAAUGCAUCUCCUCCAAGUGAAACUAGGAAGUACAGUCACUACGAUGUUGCUAUAUUCGCUGUUGGUGACACUGAAGUUUAA